AUAUAUGUGUAAGUGGGGUCAAAUGUUCAUAGCAAAUUUAAAAAUAAAAAAAAUAAACCAAUGUAGCAGCAUCAUAGUGUAAACUACCAGUGUAUUUGUGCAAGAGUCAAUCAGUUGCCCUUAGGUUAUUGGAGGGUGGGGGUGGAAGGAAGAGGCUCUCUAUGAUUCCCCAAUAGAAAGUUAAGAGGAUGGAUUUUUGGGAGAUGAGCCUUCCUCAACUGUGGGAGGAAGUGCAGAGGUUUUUGGACUUUCUUGGCCAGGUUCUGUUGGUGGUGUCGAUAGAUCAAGAUGGGUCAUCUGUGAUGUGGAUACUAGCAACUCCGUGAUCUUGACCUGCUCCAUCAUGGUGCUGUUGAUGUGAUGAAUGUCAACGAUCACCUCUGUAGUCAUUUGGGUGUGGAGAGAUAUGAUGUUGUCCUGUCGGUGUCUGAACCACUGCCGUUCAAUGAUGAGAGUGUCUCCAAGGUCCGGAUUCUGCGCUCUGCAUUGGAUGAUGGCCCCGAACAAAGGAGAGCAUCUCAUCUACUCCCAGCUAGAUGCCUAAUAUGCAGGAAGAAUCAGUAUGUUAUUGACAGUCACAGAAAAAGGAAAAAAGAAAAGCUUUCAAAAUGUGAGACACUGACAGCAGGUAACUUGCUUUUUGCGGCAGAGGACAAGAUGGAUGAGAGGGUUCUCAUCCAUAUCCGUGGGAGAGACCUUGUUGCCUCAGAGGCCAUGUAUCAUCAAAGCUGUUACAAACGCUACACAUCUUAUCUUUAUAAAAAACACACUCAAGGUUCUGAAGACAACCCAUAUCAGGCAGGCUACGACCAUUUCUGUCAGUCAGUGGUGGAAGAGAGGCUAUUGAAGAAGCGCGAAGUUCUCAGGCUGUCCCGGCUAAAUGAGCUUUUCAAGGCAAUAGUUAAGGAAAGAGAGGGCACUGACAUUUCAGCAUACACAGUCUGUCGUUUAAAGGCUAGGCUUCAAAAGUCACAUCCUUGCCUAAAGUUUUUGAAGUCAUCAAAAAAUUAUUUAGUGUUUGUUGAAGACUUGUGUGCUGAGGAGAUUAUCCCUGAUGUAGCAACACAGCAGUCAUCAUCAUCAGACCAAAGUGAUGACGACAAUGAGGAUGACACUGAGCCAAGCCGGGUUAUGAAGGGGCAGACUUAUGAGAGACUUCUGUAUCAUGCAGCCAUGUCUCUCAAGGAGAUCAUACAGGAAAAAUGCAAAUGUACAGCUAAACUGCCAUGGCCACCAACAGCCCAAGACCUAAACAUUGAUACUGCCUUGAGAAUGAUACCACCCCAGUUGUACAAUGUUAUUGCUUGGAUAACAGGUACAACUUCAGAGUUUCAAUCCGGUGUUCAGCAUGUCAGUGUUGGUGUGGAUGAGAAGCAGAAGAUUGGGUCAAUGUGCCAGGACAUAAUGAAUCUUGCCAUGAGAGGAAGGUGGCUCAUGCCAAAGCAUACUGCGCUAGCCAUGGCGGUUAGGCAUAUGACUGGCUCAGCACAGGUAAUUGGGAUUUUGAAUGGUCUUGGGCACUGUAGCUCACACUCCCAAGUGCUUGAACAUGACACUGCUCUCGCAGAGCUGCAGCUUGAAAGAGGUGAUACAUACAUCCCACCAAGCAUUGUACCUGAAAUCUCUGCAACCCUUGUUUGGGACAACAAUGACUUUGGUGAGGAAACGCUGUCAGGAAAGGGCACAACGCAUAACACCAACGGCAUCAUAAUUCAGAAGCCCACCUCCAGUGAUGUACUUACCUCAGAAUUUGUAUCGCUGCAGAAAAGCAGGAAAAGGUCCCUUAAAACUCCUCCUAUCCAAAUUGACAUCUUUACAAGAGGAAAAAGGGCCGGUCCAGAAUGUUUUAGGUCUAGAAUUGAAGUUGGAUGUGAGAUCUGCAUUCCUGUGCAGGCAACAGCAAGGACAAUGGACAGUGCUUACUUCUUCAUGAAGACCCAAGAAGUCCAAAGAAGUGUUCUUCCUGGAUGGACUGGCUACAAUACACUGCUGCAGAGAGGUGCAAUUCCACCACAAUCAAACAUCGGUUACCUGCCUGUCAUUGAUGCCAGUCCAACCGACUUAAACACGGUGCACACUAUCCUUACGCGUUCCAUAGCUAUAGCAGACAAACUAAAGCUGAGCGAAAUUGUGUUAGUAAUGGAUCAGGCCAUAUACUCGAAAGCCCAAGAGAUUCGUUGGACAAACAAAACAUUUCAGGAACGUCUCGUCCUUCGAAUGGGGGAAUUUCACACAGCCAUGGCGUACCUGGCCUGUAUUGGGAAGCGAUUUGGGGAUGCAGGAUUUCAGGAUGUCAUGAUAGAAGCUGAAGUUGUUGCUGCAGGAUCUGUGGAGGGAGUCAUAUCUGGACAUCAAUACAAUCGAAGCAUGCGUGUACACAAGUUAAUGUGUGAAGCCCUACAGAGACUUCGCUGGCAGGCAUACCUGGACAUUCUUCCAGAAGAUGGACGUGAAGCUGCUGUCAAGACUGCUGUUGGUCUGCAGACAGCUUUCCCUGGUGAAGAAUUUGAUGAUCUGGUAAUGUCUGAGAACUUUCAAAAAGUAAUGAAAGGGUAUGAAGAUUUCAUUAAAGACAACACCACCAACAAGACAUUCCACUUUUGGUGCACAUACAUUGCAAUGGUAGAAGAUCUUCUCCUCUUCAUCAGAGGAACACGAGAGGCAAACUGGAGUCUCCACCUAUCAAGUGUGCGUUCCAUUAUGCCAUGGUUCUUCUGUUAUGACAGGAUCAACUAUGCCCGCUACCUGUCAACGUACUGGAUGGAAAUGGUCAGUUUAGGGUACACUCAUCCAAACAUAAACCACCAGCUCCAAUCCGGGGAUUUUGUCGCCCAAAGACAGCAAACAUAUGGCUUUGCUUACACCGCAUGUGAUCAAGUCAUCGAACAAACAGCAAACCGUGACUCCAAAACUAAAGGUGGACUGACUGGGUUUUAACUUAACAAAGGUGCGGUUCAUAGAUGGACACUCACACAUCAUGAACGUGCAGCUAUCAGUAUGGAGUGCAAAGACAUGGC